GGGGUGCAGGGUGGGGGAGCGGCGGCUUCCACAGCAGACACCAUGGCCGCCUUGCAGGAGAAGAAGUCGUGCAGCCAGCGCAUGGAGGAGUUCCGCCACUACUGCUGGAACCCGGACACGGGGCAGAUGCUGGGCCGCACCCUGUCCCGCUGGGUGUGGAUCAGCCUCUACUACGUGGCCUUCUACGUGGUGAUGACCGGGCUGUUUGCCCUGUGCAUCUACGUGCUCAUGCAAACCAUCGACCCCUACACGCCUGACUACCAGGACCAGCUGAAGUCGCCAGGCGUAACCUUAAGGCCAGACGUGUAUGGGGAGAAGGGCCUGGAAAUCCACUACAACAUCUCUGACAACCGCACCUGGACCAGCCUCACGCACACCCUGAGAAGCUUCCUGGCAGGUUACUCACCCGCAGCCCAGGUGGACAACAUCAACUGCACCUCCAAGACCUACUUCUUCCAGGAGAGCUUCGGGGCUCCCAACCACACCAAGUUCUCCUGCAAGUUCACGGCGGACAUGCUGGAGAACUGCUCCGGCCUCACCGACCCCAGCUUCGGCUUCAAGGAAGGAAAGCCCUGCUUCAUCAUUAAGAUGAACAGGAUUGUCAGGUUCCUGCCCAGCAACAGCACACCACCCCGCGUGGACUGCACCUUCCUGGACAUGCCCCACCAGGCCCUCACGCCGCUGCAGGUCGAGUACUACCCCCCCAACGGCACCUUCAGCCUCCACUACUUCCCUUACUACGGAAAGAAAGCGCAGCCGCACUACAGCAACCCUCUGGUGGCCGCCAAGCUCCUCAACGUGCCCACGAACACGGAGGUCGUGGUCCUCUGCAAGAUCCUGGCCGAUCACGUGACCUUCGACAACCCGCACGACCCCUACGAGGGGAAAGUGGAGUUCAAGCUCAAGAUCCAGAAGUGAGCUCGCGGUCGUGGGUCUCACGGGGGUCCCGCUGGGCCCUGUGGACGCGUUUCUGAGGCCCGCACCAGUGCCCCCCCCUGGGAGCGCCAGGCAAGCAGCCGCGUGCACAGCGCUUCCAUUGGCGUCCGCUGCUUCCCGUGGUGUCCCGUCCCGUGCAGGCGCAUCUGUAGUAGGAUGGAAAAUGCCGGCUAACCCAGCCAUGGCAAGGCGGCGACCGCGAGUGCCCAGGGCCCAGAACUGACCCGUCCUUUCCGUGCGGGGAGCACCUUCUUGCUACCAUUGGUUUUUCUGACGUCAGUGUGAGCGGCUUCCCAGAUGACGCAGGGGCUGUUAGUGUGCUGAGGUGCGGUGACGUGAGACGCCCAUGGCAACCCCCACUCACAGCGCAAUCCCCGUGUUGUAAAAAUAAAACGUGUUAGUUACUCUAGGUAAAACAA